AUGACGUCAUCUACGAGCAGACGCCUCCUUGUGGUGGCUGGAGUGACGCUCUGGCUGGCCUGCGUGAGCGCGCUGCCCAAUGAGACGGGCUCGAAGCCUGGCGUCACGGCCAGCGAGUCCGUGGCCGCGCCAGUGAUUGGCGGAGCGCCGCCGGCGUCUCGGAGAGCGCCUCGCCUCGACGAGCGCAAGUUCAAGUACGACGCGGACCCCAAGAAGGAGCUGACGCAGUUCAUGAACACCAAGAACCUGGUCAAGACGCUCGUCAAGCUCGUCUUCGGCAGCGACGAAGAGAGCGCCGCCACGUCCAGGCAAAUCCUGAACCUCCUAGUGACCGUGCUGGACAUGCUCAAGACGACGUUCGGGAACCGUGCGCGGUCGUCCACGGCGCGGGGAUUCCGCGGGGCGCUGGACGACGCGGCGCUGGCGGGCACCACCAUGCUCAAGGGCUUCGUCAAGUCCGUCAUGACCAAGGACGACAACUGCAUGCAGAGAUACCUGUGCGAGGCCAGCCGAGACGCCGUCAAGGAAGCUCACGAGGUCGGGUAUCUCGUGGCACAGUUCGGAGGGUACGCGGCAAGUUACGCACUGCAGGCCCAGAAGGCUGCUCCCAUGACCCGCAGUUACAACGCCACCCGGAGCGGCCGCAGUGGAGAGGACUGUUUCAACCUCUACAGCGCGUGCAACGAGACUGACUGAGAGACACUCGUGCAGACACCGGCCGGUACCGGUUAUCAUCGUUACCAUCAUCUCUACCACCACAACCAUCACAAACCAUUACCACCACCACCACAAUGAGCGCCGUGUGUGUGUUCUUGUUUAUGUUUUUACUUCCUCCAACCCUUCAGUCGCCUGUCUCGCGCCCACGAUUAUUUAUAGCAUUCGCGAAAAGCCGCGCGACCGACCGACGCGCCCCCUGUACCACGACGCUGGAACAACUGGGGUGGCCGCUCGUCGCGCGCUUGCUUCUUCUCAACUUCACCCCGGUACUCUACGCACAACAGACGCACCCUCCGAGAAUGACUUCAUCAAACUCAUUAAAAACGACAUUAAA